CGACUUGGCACGUCGUCCGUAGAUUUCUGGUGACGUUCGUUCGUGGUGGGUCGAUAAGGCCGCGAUAAGCACCCAACGGCUGCCGCCGCGCUGCGCGCCAUUUGAAUUAAUUCUUCACCGCACAAACCCAUGACAAUGUGAAAAGCCUUUCCAUCCUACCCUCCUCUCAUUCAUCCCUACUAGAUCCUACCCCUCUCGAGCCAUUUCAGCUUUUCACACAAUGUGCUGAGACUCCCAAGGGACAUCCUGCAGACUCCCAACACCGGUUUCGCGUAACGAUGCACUGCCAGUUGCCCCGCGGCAUCGACCACCGGCUCUAGGAUCUGCAGGCAGAACAGUCAGACAGACACACAGACGAAAAACAACAACAACAGCCUCUUGCGUGAAGGUUGGACGUCUCUUUUUUCGCAGCUGCAUGACGACGGGCGCCGCGCAAGGCGGUGUAACGGUCAUGGAGCCUAGCCCCGUCGCCAUUCAGACGAAGGAUCUCGCAAACAGGUCCGCUAACCGGACCGCCCUCCUCGACGCGGUCGAGGAUGUCCUCUUUGGCUCUAUAGCGGGCGUAGUCGGCAAAUACAUCGAGUACCCCUUCGACACCGUAAAAGUCCGUCUCCAGUCCCAACCCGACGGCGUACCACUACGAUACACCGGCCCUAUCGACUGCUUCAAACAAUCACUCGCUUCUUCGGGCAUCCGCGGUCUUUAUGCCGGCAUCUCUGCGCCCCUCGUCGGGGCGGCGGCCGAGACAUCGUCGCUCUUCUUCUUUGAGAGUCUGGGUCGGGAAGCCCUCUUCAAGCUAGGGUGGGCGGACAGGGAAAAGGGUCUGAGCCUGCCUGCGCUGUGGGCUACCGGCGCCUUCUCCGGCGCAUGGACAAGCCUUGUGCUCACGCCUAUUGAGCUGGUCAAAUGCCGGAUCCAGGCGCCCGGCCACGGGAGCGGCGGCGUGCCAUUGAAGCCCUUUGGCGUGAUCCGGGAUGUCUACCGCCAUGAGGGUCUCCGGGGCUUCUGGCACGGCCAGCUCGGAACGCUGAUCCGCGAGGGCGGUGGCUCAGCCGCCUGGUUCGGCGCCAAGGAGACCACCACCGCUGCCUUUUACCGCAUGGCCGCCAAGAAUGCAUCAUCCGAGGCGGAGAGGCGAGAUAUUCUGCUCAAGCCGCUCCCUCUGUGGCAGCAAGCGGUGGCGGGCGCGUCCGCGGGCGUAUCAUACAACUUUCUCUUCUUCCCUGCCGAUACCAUCAAGUCGCGGAUGCAGACUUCGCCUGUGGGCGGCACGAAGGGCAAAAACACUUUUGUGCAAGAGGGCGCGGCGAUAUGGCGCCAGUAUGGACUGCGUGGACUGUAUCGUGGGUGUGGAAUCACUUGUGCACGCUCUGCGCCGAGCUCGGCGUUCAUUUUCAUGGUUUAUGAUGGGCUAAAAAGGCGGUUUCCACUACAAUGAGCCUUUGAUCAGGAUAGAUGGACAUAAACGAUCCAAGGUUGGAUAUACACAAAUAU